AUGUCAGCCAGGCAAAAUAAAAAGCGCAAAGGCCGAAACAACAAUAACCGCGAACGAACGGUCACCACGUUUACGGAGGACCCAAACACUUCUUUCCUCGUUCCACUGCCAAGUGAAGAACCUGCUCUCAUGUCUUCACCUUUCUCUGUUGCUUCUACAUCUGCUACCAACAAUCCCAACAACAAUUUUCAGAAUUUCGGAAUGUCCUAUAAUUUUCAUGCGCACGGACCCAAUAGUCAACCGCAGCAGGCCCAACAACAACAACAACAGCAACAACAACACCAGUUCUUUUCUCCCCAAGUCAUUCUACCUGCGGGCAAAAACGAUCUUGAAGUACUAGAAAAUUUAAAAUCUAUCAUCAAGGAAGGUCAGCACGAAUUCUAUCGUGCAGUUCCUCAGCCUGCUGCUCUUGCUAGCCUCUAUUUGGGCCCAACCUCUUCUCAGGUUCCGCCACAUCCAGAACAGCAUCCUGCCGAU